CUGAUUCACACUGAAGAAGUUCCUCUGCAAAUUCCACUGACCACAGCUCAGCUCGGAGAGUCUGUAUCUCUUCCAUGUCUCUUCUCAGAGACAAUUGAUUAUUUCCAAUGGCUGUACUGGUACAAGCAAGCUGCUGGUCAAACGCCCCAAGUUGUGGCAACUGUGGAAAAGAAAAAAUCUGUAGAUUUUGUUCUUAAUGGAGAGUUUAACAACAUCCGUUUCACAAUGGAGAAAGUAAAAGAUGGAUAUCUUCUCAUCAUCAACAAUAUCAGCAGAUCAGAUGAGGCAGCAUACUUCUGUGGAAUAGGAACAGUGUAUGAGAUGAAUUUUAGAAAUGGAACAUUUUUGUCUGUAAAGGGUAAUUUUAUUUCAGUAAUAUGAUUUAUCUCAAUGUUUAUCAAAACAUUUUUCUUUGUUAAGUUAUGCAUAGUUAUAGAUGCUGAGUGUGCUGCAUACAUAUGUUUCUAGAGAGCCAAACUGCAAUAAUUGUGUAUUCACGUGACACUGACAUUUCCUUCCAUAAAAACAACAUAAAUUAGGUGUCAGUCAGAAGAGGUCACACUACCAGACUGUAGAGCAACAGACAGUUUCUGAUCCAGUCCAUCCAGGAGACUCUGUGACCCUACAGUGCACAGUACUCUCUGAGACCUGUACAGGAGAACACGGUGUGUACUGGUUCAGAGCCGGAUCAGGGGAAUCCCAUCCAGGAGUCAUUUACACCCCUGGGAACAGGAGUGAUGAGUGUGAGAAGAGCCCUGAGACUCCCUCUCCUACACAGAGCUGUGUCUACAACCUCUCCAAGAACAACCUCAGUCUCUCUGAUGCUGGGACUUACUACUGUGCUGUGGCCACAUGUGGGGAGAUCCUGUUUGGCGACGGAACAAAACUUAACAUCAUUAAAGGUACAGCUUCUUGUUAAAUUGAUAAAGCACCUUACACUUGAAAAUCUUUAUUCAAACAUUCAAGCAUAUUUUAUAGAUACCAUUAUUUAGUUUAAAUGGUUCAAAGCUAAAAUAAUUGUAUUAUCAACUAUGCAUGCUUACCAUAAAACAUAAAAAGCAUGUUGAAUUUAUUUUCGUACCAGGAAACACAGUGGAUCCCAUUGUCCUCAGCUUGGGAGCAGCAGUGGCUUUUUGUGUGAUUCUAAUUUUUAUUCUCGCUUGUACCAAAAACAAGAGGCAAACAUGUGAUCAUUGUAAAGGUAAGUCAUUUUAGAGAUACAUAUCUAUUGGUUUGUGUCAGCAAUGACAAUUUAAAAGUAAAAUCUCACCUCAUGUUCUGUAUAUUCUGUCUCCAUUUUCAUUCUUGGAUUUCUAUCUGUUGAUACAGCAAGUGUCUCUCAGCAUAUUCACCAUGAUGAUAACCUCUCACCAGAGCAGUCAAGUGGUCAGGUAUGUAACAUCUAUACUAUCCAAUGUGUGAAAACAAGAGGUACAUUCCCUGUUACACAGGAGUGUGUAUAUUUAUGGAUACAUCACUAAGUACAGCAGUAACCCAUGAGAUGUUGCGGCAGUGUUGUGUGUCAUAAAGAAAACCUGUAUUUAAAUAUAUUACUAAUUAGAACCUGCAGCCAUAGUUUUAUUUCAAUGUAUAGGUACAUUUUAGAUAUGGGGCUUUAAGAUGUUAAGUUACCCUCAUAUUCACUAGCUUAUUUAUUGUCCAAAAAUCUGUAGUGUAACUUAAAAUGUUAUAAUGAACAUGCUCACAACAUCAGUAUUGGACAUUAAAAAGUAAAUGCUUUAGAAAUGUUUUAGUUUUAUUAAAAAUGUGUUCUUGCAUAGUCAUUGCCUGUAAUUAACUAGUAGGAAGACAUAUUUUAUAUAUAUAUAUAUUUUUUUAACCUUUAUUUAACUAGGCAAGUCAGUUAAGAACAAAUUCUUAUUUACAAUAACGGCCUACACCGGCCAAACAUAUGACACUAAGAUUGUGAUUGCGAUAUCCUCAAAUGUCAGGGAAAAUGACUUUAAAAGCUGCAUUGUUGGCGGUCCAGUGCCCUGUGCUAAGAAUUGAAUCAUAGCUUCAGCAAGCACAUUCCCAUGACCAUAAUACUGUUAAUGUUAUUAUUUUGACUUUUCUGUUAUUGUGCACAAUGGAGAUAUUAUUUUCUGUACUCUAUUACUUAGGUGCCAAUCACAGAUAUGUUGAAUUAUGCUGCAUUGAAUUUCUCUGAGAGGAAAACUAAAAGAGGAAGAAAGAAGAGAGAGACACCACAGGAGAGUGUGUACUCUGAUGUCAGGUACUCAGACUGGGAGUGAACUUUGUUUCAGAUACAGCAUGGACGAAAUUAUCUCAGUCAAGCAUCUCUAUUUAGACAAAAUGUAAACAUUUUGGUAAAAAACAUCUCAGGACAUUGCUUUCGUAUCAACUUUUACAGUUUUACAACACAAUAUCCGAAUACUAUACAAUAGACAAUGGAAUUCCAUCCAUGUUUCUGCUCAAAAUGUCUUCUGGAGUGGUCCUCCUACUCUGAGCUAGCUGAUGUCAACUAGUAGCAGGAGGGAAUUUAGCUUUAUAUGUCCAUGUACACCACAUGACCAAAAGUAUGUGGACACCUCCUCAUCGAACAUCUCAUUUCUAAAUCAUGGGCAUUAAUAUGGAGUUGGUGCAUUCCGAAAGUAUUCAGACCGCUUUACUUUUUCCAAAUGUUGUUACGUUACAGCCUUAUUCUGAAAUGGAUUAAAUUGUUUCCCCCCCUCAUCAAUCUACACACAAUACGCCAUAAUGACAAAGCAAAAACAGGUUUGUAGAAGCUUUAGCAAAAAACGAAUAAAAAAAUCUUAGUAUUCAGACCCUUUACUCAGUACUUUGAUGAAGCACCUUUGGCAGCGAUUGCAGCCUUGAGUCUUCUUGGGUAUGACGCUACACGCUUGGUACACGUGUAUUUGGGGAGUUUCUCCCAUUCUUCUCUGCAGAUUCUCUCAAGCUCUGUCAGGUUGGACAUUCAGAGACUUGUCCCGAAGCCACUCCUGCGUUGUCUUGGCUGUGUGCUAAAGGUUGUUGUCCUGUUGGAAGGUGAACCUUCGCCCCAGUCUGAGGUCCUUAGCGCUCUGGAGAAGGUUUUCAUCAAGGAUCUCUUUGUACUUCAUCUUUCUCAUCUUUCCCUCGAUCCUGACUAGUAUCCAAGUCCCUGCCACUGAAAAACAUCCCCACAGCAUGAUGCUGCCACCACCAUGCUUCACCGUAGGUAUGAUGCCAGGUUUCCUCCAGACGUGAUGCUUGGCAUUCAGGCCAAAGAGUUCAAUCUUGUUAUCAUCAGACCAGAGAAUCUUGUUUCUCAUUGUCUGAGAGUCUUUAGGUGCCUUUUGGCAAACUCCAAGCGGGCUGUCAUGUGCCUUUUACUGAGGAGUGACUUCCGUCUGGCCACUCUACCAUAAAGGCCUGAUUGGUGGAGUGCUGCAGAGAUGGUUGUCCUUCUGGAAGGUUCUCCCAUCUCCACAGAAGAACUCUGGAGCUCUGUCAGAGUAAACAUUGGUGUAUUAGUCACCUCCUUGACCAAGGCCCUUGUCCCCUGAUUGCUCAGUUUGGCCAGGCGGCCAGCUCUAGGAAGAGUCUGGGUGGUUCCAAACUUCUUCCAUUUAAGAAUGGCCACUGUGUUCUUGGGGACCUUAAAUGCUGCAGAAAUGUUUUGGUACCCUUCCCCAGAUCUGUGCGUCGACACAAUCCUGUCUCGGAGCUCUACGGACAAUUCCUUCGACCUCAUGGCUUGCUUUUUGAUCUGACAUGCGCUGUCAACUGUGGGACUUUAUAUAGACAAGUGUGUGACUUUUCAAAUCAAGUCAAAUCAAUUGAAUUACCACAGGUGGACGCCAAUCAAGAUGUAGAAACAUCUCAAGGAUGAUCAAUGGAAACAGGAUACACCUGAGCUCAAUUUCGAGUCUCAUAGCAAAGGGUAUGAAUACUUAGUUAUUUCAGUUUUUUAUUCAUAAUAAAAUAGCAAACAUUUCUAAAAACCUGUUUUUGCUUUGUCAUUACAGUGCCUUGCAAAAGUAUUCAUCCCUCUUGGCGUUUUUCCUAUUUUGUUGCAUUACAACGUGUAAUUUAAAUUGAUUUUUAUUUGGAUUUCAUGUAAUGGCCUUAAACAAAAUAGUCCAAAUUGGUGAAGUGAAAUGAAAAAAAUUACUUGUUUCAGAAAAUGCAAAAAAAUAAUAAUAAUGGAAAAGUGGUGCGUGCAUAUGUUUUCACCCCCUUUGCUAUGAAGCCCCUAAAUAAGAUAUGGCACAACCAAUUACCUUCAGAAGUCAAAUAAUUAGUUUUAAAAAGUCCACCUGUGUGCAAUCUAAGUGUCACAUGAUCUCAAUAUACAUACACCUGUUCUGAAAGGCCCCAGAGUCUGCAACACCACUAAGCAAGGGGCACCACCAAGCAAGCGGCACCAUGAAGACCAAGGAGCUCUCCAAACAGGUCAGGGACAAAGUUGUGGAGAAGUACAGAUCAGGGUUGGGGUAAAACAACAUAUUUUGCAUCUUCAAAGUGGUAGGCAUGUUGUGUAAAUCAAAUGAUAUAAACCCCCCAAAAAACAAUUUUAAUUCCAGGUUGUAAGGCAAGAAAAUAGGAAAAAUGCCAAGGGGGGUGAAGCCACUGUAUGGGGUGUUGUUUGUAGAUUGAUGAGAAAAAAUGUAUAAUAUAGUCCAUUUGAUAAAAAGGCUGUAAUGUAACAAAAUGUGGAAAAAGUGGUGUCUGAAUACUUUCUGUAAUGUACUGUAAUUGUUAAUACUGUUCAGAAUAAUUUAAUGAUCUAGUUCAGUCAUGUAUUUUUAUAAUACUUUGUUUGUAUACCAUUUAUAACAAUAUACAUUGAGAUUGAGAUUUAUAACCCUAGUUCAUUAAGUUUCAUUUGAACUUGUAUCAUAGAAUGAACUCAUACUUCAUAAAUCUAUGAAUAUGUAUAUUUAGUGAAAUAUUUGUUAUUUCUCAUUGCAUCAUCAAUGUAUUUUGAUAUUUUUUUUAUCUUGAAUAUGGUAAGGUCUCACACGUGUCAGUAAAGUUUUAACAAUAUGCAUUUGUAUUUGACCCUAUAAUGUUGCAAAAUAUUAAAAUGCAAAUGAAUUUUUUUAUUUAUCUUUUUGAGUCAACCUUACACAUUAUGCUUCACACUCAGCGUUAAACGGGAAUUUCAGGAUUUUACAACUUCAUGUUAGAUGGUUCCUCAACUUGAAAGUAGUCUAUGUGUCAAGGCAAAAUGUAAUCCAUUGUUCGGUUCUCUCUAAACAGGAACUACAGACUUCAGCUAACUUUAGCCACAGCUAGCUAAUAUCUAUGGGAAUUAUAGGGGCCACUUUCAUGCAAUUUUCAUGGCCAAAUAAUCUCCAUAUUUGGUUUGAUGUUACUUAAAGAUGAUUGUUCCAUAAAUAAAACACUGCACAAUUGCCCUAUCACUUCCAUUGAUUGUUAGCUGUCGGUGGCUAAAGUUUGCAUGAAUUUGUAGUGGCUGUUUCCCAGACACAGAUUAAGCCUAGUCCUGGACGAAAUAGCUCUUUCAAUGGAAAAUCUUUUUAGUCGUGAUCUGUGUCUGGGAUAUAUGGCAUCACUAAGCAAUAUCUUGCUGUAAAGUAGGCCAACAAAUUAGUGCACACCAUAAAUCUUUAGAUUACAUACAGUACAUGGCUGAAAAUGGGUGGAAACGUUAAACAGGAAGUGAUGCAUGUCUUUCCCCUAACCAAUCAAGUCAUUCUUAUAUUUUAAACAGCCCACAAUUAUUUUCAUUUAGUCAGUCAGUCAUUCAUAGUAACAAAGAAAAACAGUUGUUAAAGCUACAGUCAGUCCAUAUUAAGAUGAUCACAAUCUACCUUCUUUGGGGACUUCUCUCUCAAGUGUGUAAGUGCAUGUCCUAAUCUCAAAUAGUAUUUUACUGAGCAGUAAAAUUGAAAAUCGGUAAAGAAUAACACUAUCUUAUUGGAAAAUCAUGUCUAAAGGUAAUGAAAUGUAUUCCGUUUGGACAGCAAUGUGACCGAUAUAGCAUCAGGCAAUUUGAAUUGCAGUAGUUUGAUGACAUCAUUAAAGAAAUACACUGCUAUUCAAAGGUUGAACAUUGUCCAUUUCCAUUUCAAAUUGAAAUCUGAUAACAUUCACAUUUUGGCAGACCUGAUUCAGACUGAAGAUGCUCCUCAACCAAUACCAGUGACUACACGUCUAUUUGGAGACACUGUAUCUUUGCCAUGUCCCAAAGCGGAAUCUCAACAAUUGCUGUACUGGUACAGACAAACUGUUGGCCAACUGCCCAAUCUUGUCGCUUCUGUAUCCUAUGGAUCAGAACCUGUACUUAAAGGAGAGUUUCAGAACCCACGUUUCAAAGUGGAGAAAUCUGAAUAUGUGUACAAUCUCAUUAUCAGAAAUAUCAGCACAUUAGAUGAGGCAACAUACUUUUGUGGAUUGGGGACAAUGUAUGGGAUGAACUAUGGAAAUGCAACAUUUUUGGCUGUGAAAGGUAAUUUAAUUUAAAUUGUGUGUUUCAAUGUUCACCAAGUGUUUUUGUGUAUUUUUUUUUAGUACACUGCCAUGUACUAAAUAUGUUCAGAAAAAAAUAACAGACAAUCUUGAUGCAGUAUGCAUAGAAAGUGGAUAUUCAUGGAAAGUGUCAUAAUCAUCAAAUGUAAAGACAACUCGUCAUUUUUGGAGACAGGUUUUUGAAAUGACAACGUUACGGUAUAGGUAGCAAAAGAGUGUAGAAACGGCAGCUAACUAACUUUGACUAUAAACAACUCUUCAGCUGGCUAGCUAAGCAUCUUGGCUGACUGUGGGGCAAAUAAAUUUGAAUAAUUACUGACAAAUAAAGAAAACAUUUAUAGUUUAUUAGCAACCGCACCACUCUUUUCUAGCAAACAAAACGCUGUUUCCAAAACUGCCAUGUGCCUAAAGGAAUGUAUACUAUUUAAAAUUCUAUGAUGUCUCAACUUUACAAGCUUAUGAAUAAUUAUUUUCUCAAUACAAUAUUACAAUAUAGGACACAAUCACCUUUCAUUGGUGCAGCAACCAGUUUCUGACCCAGUCUAUCCAGGAGACUCUGUGACUCUACAGUGUACAGUACUCUCUGGGACCUGUACAGGAGAACACAGUGUGUACUGGUUCAGAGCCGGAUCAGGAGAAUCCCAUCCAGGAGUCAUUUACACCCCUGGGAACAGGAGAGAUGAGUGUGAGAAGAGCCCUGAGACUCCCUCUCCUACAAAGAGCUGUGUCUACAACCUCUCCAAGAACAACCUCAGUCUCUCUGAUGCUGGGACUUACUACUGUGCUGUGGCCACAUGUGGGGAGAUCCUGUUUGGCAACGGAACAAACCUAAGUAUUGGUAGGUUAUGAAUAUUAUGAGUUAUAGUUUCGAAAUUAGAGGAUAAUGUUUAGAAAUAUUUAAGUGGUGAAUGUACACUGAAUGUACAACACGUUAAACACAUCUUCCUAAUAUUGAGUUGCACCGCCUUUUGCCCUCAGAACAGCCUCAAUUCAUCGGGGCAUAGACUCUACAAGGUCUCGAAAGUAUUCCACAGGGAUGCUAGCCGAUGUGGACUCCAAUGCUUUCCACAGUUGUGUCAAGUUGGCUGGAUGUCCUUUGGGUGGUGGAUAAUUCUUGAUACACACGUGAAACUGUUGAGCGUGAAAAACCCAGCAGCGUUGCAGAUCUUGACACACUCAAACCGGUGCGCCUACCCCAUUCAAAGGCAAUAAAAAAAUUUACCCUCUGAAUGACACACAUACAGUGGAUUUAACAAGUGACAUAAAUACGGGAUCAUAGCUUUCACCUGGAUUCACCUGGUCACUCUGUCAUGGAAAGAGCAGGUGUUCAUAAUGUUUUAUACAGUCAUUGUAUAGCACAGUGGUUGAGGUCUAUGUGCCUUUUGCUAUAACAGUAUUCUCAUCAUUGACCAGAAAUGAAUCUUCAGCUGUAAAUUCUUAGAUUUUGUAAACAAAAUACAACUUGCUGAUAGUUAUGAAUAACUAAUUUAAAGAAAUAUAAACUAAAUAUUUUAACAAAUCUCUCCUUCAAUCCAUGUCUUUUAUAUGACAAUGAUAACAAUGUUAUUUAAUGUGUAUAGCGCUUUUUAUUACAAAAAUAAUCUCAAAACGUUAAAAAGCAAAACAAAAUGACAAACACAACAAAUAUACAGUUUUUUACAAUCACUUUGGCACUGAUUUCAGAACCUUGACGUCAUUUUUCAAAACUCUAGACACAAAACUCAAAACGGUCAUCACUUGUAACACAGGCUGUCCAAUGUUCAAAACAUUGCAUUGUGCAUUCAUAUCUUUAAAGAAAUCUUGCACUUGCACAAUCAUUGGUUCAAAAAACAAAUUUAUUGUGAAAUACCAAUGAAACUUUAAUUUAGAUCACCCACACACAAGCAACCGAUAGUUUCACUGUGUCAUUGUUCGUACGAUCAUUAAAUAUUGUAGUACAAAAUAGGUGAUACAUGUUUCAUUAUGGUACUACAUGUAAAUACAUCCCUGUAAAAGUACUGCAGUAGUAGAGAGAAUACUACAGACACAGUGGAAUCAUUGAACAAAAUCUGAAAUAUAUUGAUGAAAAACAAUACAGUACUGUAAAACAUCAAAUGCAGUGUUCCUCAACUUGCUUGCUUGUACUGUAAAAAGUAAAACAUAGGAGAGAUUACUGUACUUCUACAUUUUCAUCAACUCUGUCUUGUGGUUUUGGCCACAGGUUCUCAUCUACAUCCCAAUGGAUGUUUUCAUUAGCCAAACAUCUUAGAAAAAACCUUUGGCCAUGGCGAAUCCAGGCCUGACACUGGUCUGCCGUGAUGUCAUUGCAUGCGUCAUCCAUGGCCUGGAGAAGAGUGACUUGUUCAUGAGGGCGCCUAUCAUAAACCUUCCAUCUCCAUGUGGAGAAAAAUUCCUCAAUCGGGUUAAGGAAAGGAGAGUAUGGGGGUAAAUACAGGGUGGUAAAUUGUGCAUGGGCCUGAAACCAUGCUUGCACCAUAUGAGCAUGGGGAUGUAGCUCAGUUGGUAGAGCAUAGCGUUUGCAACGCCAGGGUUGUGGGUUCGAUAAAAUAAUGUAUGCACUAACUGUAAGUCGCUCUGGAUAAGAGCGUCUGCUAAAUGACUAAAACGUAAAUGUAAAUGUAAAUGAACCUGACAUUAUCCCACACAAUGACAUAGGUCACGCCACCAGCUCUACAGGCUUGAUCGAGCACAUCAAGGAAGGUUACAAGGGGACCAUAGAAACGGUGUCUGAUAAAGAAUGAUGAUGAAAUAUUACAUCCAUAGAUAAUGUAGUCUAAUUGGUUCAUGCUCCACGCUAAUUGGUGACAAUGAAUCUCGUUACUUUGAAACUUUCAUGAUCUAAACAUGGAAUAUUGUUUCUCUGUUUCCAUACAACUAUGCAUUAAGAGCAAUGCAACAGUUACUUAUCAUUUUGAGCAGUUGUAUCAAUUGAUAGUUGGAUAAUUGUAAUGAAAUGAAUAGACACUCAUCUGAAAUGUAAUGUGUGAAUUGCCUUUUGAAAUAGUAAUACUGUGAUGUUAAGUUGUGUCAUAUUGAACAGGUGACUUUUGUUAAAUGAACAAAUUAUCUUAGUUGUAUGUGUAUUGUAUCUAAGCAAUUGAAAAAAGUGUUAGAGUUUUGAAAAAUGUGCAUUUUGAUCAUUGGUUGUCAGUUUUGUGUCUAGAGUUUUGAAAAAUGACGUCAAGGUUCUGAAAUUAGUGCCAAAGUGAUUGUAAAAAACAGUAAAUUGAGAUGAUGGAAAUUGAGAUUUAAUGUCCUUAGACAGAUUAGAAUGAUGGAGAUGGAGAUUGAAUGUCCUUAGACAGAUUAGGAUGAUGGAGAUGGAGAUUGAAUGUCCUUAGACAUAUUAGGAUGAUGGAGAUGGAGAUUGAAUGUCCUUAGGCAGAUUAGGAUGAUGGAGAUGGGGAUUGAAUGUCCUUAGACAGAUUAGGAUGAUGGAGAUGGAGAUGGCAUGUCCUUAGGCAGAUUAGGAUGAUGGAUAUGGAGAUUGAAUGUCCUUAGACAGAUUAGGAUGAUGGUAAUGGGGAUUGAAUGUCCGUAGACAGAUUAGCAUGAUGGAGAUGGAGAUUGAAUGUCCCUAGACAGAUUAGGAUGAUGGAGAUGGAGAUUGAAUGUCUUUAGACAGAUUAGGAUGAUGGAUAUGGAGAUUGAAUGUCUUUAGACAGAUUAGGAUGAUGGAUAUGGAGAUUGAUGUCCUUAGACAGAUUAGAAUGUGGAUAUGGAGAUUGAAUGUCCCUAGAUAGAUCAGAAUGAUGGAGAUGGAGAUUGAAUGUCCUUAGACCGAUUAGGGAAAGGGAGUUGAGGAAGUUUGGGUUGGAAAGGCAGGAUAUAGAUGAAGAGAGAGCCCCUCAUCAGAGCACCACACCUGCUUCUCCUGCAUUCACUUCCUCCAUAGAAGCCGCUCCUUUACGUAGGUACUGGUCCUCCAUUACCAAAAAGGUAGCAACCACCUGGGUGAUGCCACGGCUGUUGAAAAGCGCUUGAAAAGUCACUGCAAAUAAACACUUAUUAGGAACAGUCCCCGAUCCUCCUCUACCAUCUACAGAAGGGUGAUAUAUAUCUCUCUUACUAUUUUAUGUUAAUAUAAGGGUGGUAUAGAUCUCUCUUGCUAUUUUAUUUUAAUAUAAGGGUUGUAUCUAUCUCUUUCACUAUUUUAUUUUAUUAUAAGGGUCGUAUAUAUCUCUAUUACUAUUUUAUUUAAAUACAAAGGUGGUAUAUAUCUCUCUUACUGUUUUAAUUUAUUUUAAGGUUGUAUAUCUCUCUUGCUAUUUCAUUUUAAUAUUAGGGUGGUAUAUCUCUCUCUUACUAUUUUAUUUGAAUACAAGGGUGGUAUAUAUUGACUCUUAUUUUUUAUGUUUUCUUCCUUUUAGAAAGAUCUCUGGAUAAUGUAGUCAUUGGACUGGGAGUGACAUCAGUUUUCUGUGUGAUUGUGAUCAUUAUCCUCGUUAUCAGCAGAAAUACAAAGCCAAUUUGUGAACAUUAUAAAGGUGAGCUCUUUGGUAUUACAAACUGUAGACAAACACCUAAUACAUUGUAGUACACAAUAUUUGUCAUCAAGUAUAAUACCUCUGUCUUUUACCUAUCUUGACUUUUGUCAUGUUGAUGCUUUGUUUUUAUUCAUGUUAACAGUGAGUGUUGCACAGCAUGGACAUGACAACUUAACCACCGAACGUGAUCAGGUAAAUAAAUACAAUUGUUAUAAUAUUGGCCUGUUGGUAGAUGAUUUGUAAUAUGAUACUGAAUACUCCAAUUACCUGACUAUUAUUAUUAUGACUACAUUUAUUUAUUAAAAACCGUGAUGAUGACUCACAGGAUCAAGAUGGAGUUACGUUGAAUUAUGCUGCAUUGAAUUUCUCUGAGAGGAAGACUAAAAGAGGAAGAAAGAAGAGAGAGACACCACAGGAGAGUGUGUACUCUGAUGUC